CAACAAUUCAUAUAAUUAGAGUCUGUAGAAAAAUUAUUUGAGUCUCGGAAUAAUACUAUUCAAACAAAUUGUGACAGAAGAAGUAUAAUAGAAUAAAGAAAAAUAGUAGUCGUAAAAAAUAAUAGAGGCGCAAUUGAGGGCAGUGAGGUUGUAACUGAAUGGUCAAACUGUUUUAUCCAAAAGAAGAAAAAAUUAAUAAGAAGAAAAAAGGAAAAAAAGAAGAAAAGAAAAGGACUACAUUGAUGAUUAUAUUCUCCUCUGCUUGUUUCUUUAUUUCCCACAAAUCUUGAAUGUUAUCUCAUGAGACUAACAUUCUUGAUUUGUCAUCCUCCUCCUUAUUGUCUUGUCUUCUAUCUUUGACUCUGUCACAUAUUCAUAUAUAAAAAAAAAAAAAAUUAAUCUAAUUUCCAUUGCCAAUAUUCAAAGAAGCCUCCAUCUUCAAAUUUAACAAGUGAUUCAUUGUCCCUUUGGUUGAAUCUUAUAAUUGGAUAUAUGGAAUGGCUUUAAUUUCACGAGGUAAGAUUUAUUUUUGAGGAGAUUAAAUCGCAGGCGCGCAUAAUAUUAGAGAUAUGGGUGCAUGUUGUACCUGUCAAAGGGUGCGCCAUUAUGAUCUUCAAGGAAAUCAUCGUCACCAUAAUAUUGUACACAAUAUUAAUGGGGACGAUAAAAGUAAUAUUCAUGGCGAAGAUGAUCAUGGUGUUGUAGGAAAGGGAGAUUUUGGUGCUAAUAUUAGGUUACAUGGAUAUUCUAAGUUUGUAUCUAUGUAUAGUCAACAAGGUAAAAAGGGGAUCAAUCAAGAUGCCAUGACCGUUUGGGAGAAUUUUGGUGGUGAUAAAGGUGCGUUUUUUUGUGGCGUCUUCGAUGGGCACGGUCCAUCGGGUCACAAGGUGGCGCGCUACGUGCGCGACUUGUUACCGUCGAAAAUUUCAUCAUCGUUGAAAGAGUGUAAUGAAAUUAGAAGCAGUGAAAAUGAUGAAGAAUCUCAUCAAAACUCAAUGUUUGAUGCAUGGAAAGCUGCAUAUCUCAAGUCCUAUAAAGAAAUGGAUGCACAGCUUGAAAGGGAACCUUCAAUUGAGAGUUAUUCCAGUGGUACAACAGCUGUUACUUUAUUUAAGCAGGGAGAACAUCUGUUCGUUGGAAAUUUAGGGGAUUCUCGAGCUAUUAUUUGCACUAGGGAUGAGAAAAAUCAGCUUAUAUCCCAACAACUCACAGUGGACUUGAAGCCUCACCUUCCAAGUGAGUAUGAACGAAUUAAAAGUUGUCAAGGAAGAGUAAUGGCAAUGGAGCAAGAACCAAAUGUAUACAGAGUGUGGAUGCCAGAUGAAGAUUGCCCUGGUUUGGCCAUGGCUAGGGCUUUUGGAGAUUUUUGCUUGAAAGACUAUGGCCUCAUCUCUGUCCCUGAGGUGUAUUAUAGAAAGCUUACUGAAAGUGACGAAUUUGUUGUUUUGGCAACUGAUGGGGUGUGGGAUGUUUUAAGCAACGAUGAAGUGAUUCGGAUAGUCGCUACAACAAGAAAGCGAUCAAUGGCAGCAAGAACACUAGUAGAAUGUGCAGUUCGGGCCUGGAAAUACAAAUACCCGCGUGCAAAGAUAGAUGAUUGUGGCGUAGUAUGCUUGUUCUUCAAACGCCAAAAACCUCUAUUAACCAAAUCAAUGUCCGAGGUUACUCAAUUGAGUUUCAACUAUGCAGAGCUAGCAAAUGAUCAAAAUUACCCUGAUAACACCAAAACAGAUGAUGGCCUCGAUACAUUGCUUAAUUAUCAAGUCAAAGAAGGAGAAGAUCAAGAAAUUGCUCCGGGAGUCCAGGAUGGUUCGGAUAAUAAUAAUAAGAAGAAGAAUUCAUCGACAGAGAAUCUACAUUAUCGGAGCCAAAGAAGAAGAUCCGCGAUGAAAUUUGUGUAUCCUGAAGAUCAGCAAAUAUUGUGAGACUUUAGGUUACUGGAAAUUGAAAUCAAGUGCAAUUUGUAUACAUAUAAGUAGCCUGAAAAGAAGAGGUCCAGAGGCAAAAGAGAAUGGUGCAGGGUAAAUUGAUGACAAAAUCAGGGUGGAUAUUUGGACACUUAAAACAAGUUUCAAAAUGUCCAUGACAUAAAUGUUGGUGUACAUAACUUAAAAACUCUUAAUGAAACUGCAAAAUUGGAAAUAGUGGCUUCUUGAGUCAUUUGUAUCAUACGACGAGACAACCUCUAAACGUCAUACGUAUUAUAGAGUGUUAAAAUUUCAUGAAGCUAAUGUCUCGAUAAGCAUAAGACAUUCGUCCUAUGCACGUUCUUUAAUAACUCAGCUUUUAUAUCCGCCCCUGUACACCUCGGAAAAACACUACAUGCUAGCUUAAAGUCCUGGAUUGCCAUCGUAGUUAUAUGCCCGUAAGUCUUUUUUUCCCUUUGUAACAUUCUUUGAAGUGUUUGCCACUAUUUACAUAGUAAUAUGUUGUUUCUAUUAGUAAGAAUGUAAUAACUUAGAAUAUUGCUAUGUACAUAUAUCAUAAAAUUCAGUUUGUUAAAUCUAAAGUUUUGUAAUGCUUUUAAUCAAUUCUAUAGAAGUUAA